CCGCGGCACAAGCAAAACAAACUUUAAAACUUAUUUUAAAACGAAAUAUAAGAAUGGAUCCACCGUACGCGCCUUUAAGUGAGUCCUGUGCCAAGGCGCUGGGCGACAAAAUGUACGACAAGCGGAAAGUGGCCUCCCAGGAGAUUGAGAAAAUGGUCAUUGAGUUUAAUGAUAAAAAUAAUGCGACACAAAUACGAAAACUGAUCGAGGUGCUCUCCAAUGACUACGCCACAUCGCGCGAUGCCAAUCGCCGCAAGGGUGCGCUCAUCGGGCUAGCCGCAACGGGCUUAGGGCUGGGCAAAGAUUCGGAUAAAUAUGUCAACGAGCUGGUGACGCCCAUUAUGAGCUGCCUGUCCGAUCCGGAUUUGCGUGUGCGCUACUUUGCCUGCGAGUCCUUGUACAAUGUGGUUAAGGUGGCCCGUGCGGCCAUUAUACCCUACUUCCCGGAGCUGUUUGCGGCUUUGUCGCGUCUGGUUACCGACUCCGAUCAAAUGGUGAAGGACGGCAGCGAGCUGCUGGAUCGCUUGCUAAAGGACAUUGUCACGGAAUCGUAUGAGACCUUCAAUCUGGAGGCUUUUAUACCCUUGCUGAGGGAGCGCAUAUAUGUGAAUAAUGCCUUUGCUCGGCAAUAUGUGAUCUCGUGGAUCUCAAUAUUGAAUGCUGUGCCCGAUAUAAAUAUGGUCAAAUAUCUGACGGAUAUUCUGGACGGCCUCUUUGUCAUGCUGGAGGAUAAUACGCCGGAGAUUCAGCGCAUGUGCGAGAACACAAUCAGCCAGUUCUUAAAGUCCAUACGCAAUGAUUCGUCCUCGGUGCGCAUGGAGGAUAUCAUCAAUACGUUAAUCACACACGCUGAAUCCCAGAACGAGCUAAUCAAGUCGAUUGCCAUCACCUGGAUACGGGAAUUUGUGCAAAUCUUUGGACCCAAUGUAUUGCCCUACGCAAGCGGCAUAUUCACGGCCAUUCUGCCAUGCCUGGAGUACAAUGUGGAGUCCAAGCGCAGCAUCAAGGAAUGUGCCGUCUCGGUGAACAACUCCAUGAUGCAGCUGGUCUCGUCAAAGGAACUGAAAACCCAAAAUGUGGCCAAAAUUGAUUUGCGUUCCAUUAUGGAGGUACUUUCGCAAUAUCUCACGCACAACUCAACGCACACAAAGAUCGCGGUGCUGAAAUGGAUACAUCAUCUCUUUAUCAACUUUCCCAAUGAGAUGUCGCUGCAUGCCAACAAUCUGAACAACAAUCUGCUGGCCACGCUCUCGGACAACUCGGACGAGGUGGUGCUCCAAAGCUUGUGUGUGCUGGCCGAGAUUAUCAACUCGCAGGACACAAAGGAUCUGGAGGAUUUCAAUAAGCCGCAUUAUCGCAAGUUUCUGCUGAGCCUGCUGAAUCUCUUCAGCGAGGAGAAGGUCAUACUGGAAACCAGAGCCAGUCUAAUUAUAAGACAACUUUGUGUGCUCCUCAAUGCCGAGUAUAUUUAUCGCACCUUUGCCGAGAUCAUAGCCGAGGAAAUGCCGAACCUGAAAUUUGCCUCGACAGUUGUCCGGCUGCUGAACAACAUUUUGCUUACCUCCACGGAGCUGUUUGAGCUGCGCACCAGCCUGCGUGACAUAUCCAAUGAGAAGUCCGCGGAUCUCUUUCAAUGCCUCUACAAGAGCUGGGCCCACUGCCCGGUGUCCACGCUGUCACUUUGUCUAAUCGCCCAGUGCUAUCAGCAUGUCUCCGAGCUGGUUAUCUUAUUCGCCGAUGUGGAAAUAACGCUGGAAUUGCUGGUCGAGCUGGAUAAGCUGGUGCAGCUCAUUGAGUCGCCCAUCUUUGCUGCACUGCGUCUCACGCUGGUGUCCAAAUCAAAUAACUGCGCCGAUGCCCAGUAUUUGGCGCAUGCGCUCUUUGGAAUUCUCAUGCUUCUGCCGCAAACCUUGGCUUUUGAUACGCUCCGCAAUCGCCUGCAAUGCGUGCCCAACUAUUGGGGCAAACAGCCCCUAGAUGAGCGCAAAUCCGUAGAGUUCAGCAGCGGCAUAGACUUUGCUGCACUUCGCGCCCAGUUCGUCGAGCGCCAGAAGACGCAUCGCGCCCAGCGCAUAAUCCAGCGCAAACGUAGUGUAAUUACGCCGGAUAGUAAUUAAUAUUAUAUUAAAAAAA